AAAACACGCCUCGUGGCGCCAACAUUAUUCUCCCGGAACUUCUGUUGAUGAUAGUAGCUGGUUUUCAAGUGCGGCUGAAACACCAUCACAGCUGCUCUCUUGUUGAAAUAAAACGAGCUGCUGGACUUGUGCCGACAUGGCGACAGAAAUGGUAAAACACGAAGCUGUGGUGAAGACUCACAAGAUGUCACAGGAAAUGACCCCUCCUGGGCAAAAGGACUCCGACAGAGAGGUGACAGUCCGCCGGUCAGCUCGACAGAAAAAACAAAGAGUCACCACACAGGGCGAGGGGGUCCUGGCACCUAAACGCCUCAACUACACCUCCAAAGAGGAUGCUGCCAAAAAAACAGCCGAGAAGAGAAAGAGAGAGACUUUGAGUGAGAAAACAAGCGAUGAAGACAAGGCGAGGAAGAAGGGCAAGGUCAAGAAGGAGGAUGUUGAAAACAGCGAUGUGGAGCAUGCAUCAGAUGGACACAGAGGACUGUCUGCGUAUGAACUGGAGCGCCUAGAGAACAUCAGACAGAACCAAGCCUUUCUGUCUUCCAUCAAAUUAUUCCAGGCGACCGAGGAUCUGAGAGAGUCGUCACGGCCGAAGCCAUCGCAGAGGGGUCUCAUGAGGUCAAAGGCUGCUGUGAGAGAAGUGCUGCCUCCUCGUAAGUCCCUUCGUCUCCAACAUAAAGAGGCAGAGGUCCUCACACUCCCACCUGAACCCCGAGGGGUUUUUUUGGACCAAAGCAAAUCUGAGUCAGUCAAGAAGCAUCUUGGCCCUCUGCCGCUGGUUCCAGUGAACAUGGAGGAGGGCAGUCGGCUGCCUCCAGAACUUCUUGAGCUCUGCUCUGAGGACUCCACAAAGGAAGUAAAGAUGCAGCCUGAUCUCAAGGAGUACAGCCGUGCACUUAAGACCAUGAGGAUAACUGAGGACCAAGUGGCCAAAGUGGUGAAGGAUCGUAUCUUCUCUGCUGCGUUUCACCCCUGCAGCCGCAGUCUGCUCAUGGCUACGGGGGACAAGUGGGGACGUGUUGGACUCUGGAACAUGGGUGGCAGCUGGGGUGAUGAUGGUGUGCUGCUCUUUGAGCCCCACAGUCGCCCAGUGAGCUGCAUGGCGUUCUCCAGGGCUAAUCCCAGCCACCUGCUCAGCCUCAGCUAUGAUGGAUCUCUGCGCUGCAUGGAUGUAGAGAAGGCUGUCUUUGAUGAUGUGUAUGAUAUUGAUGAUGGCUUGAAAAGCUUUGACUUCUUGUCACACGACUGUUCAGCACUAGUGGUGGGCGACUGGUAUGGAGAUGUUGCCAUUGUUGACAGACGCACUCCGGGCUCCGCCAUGUCAGUUCACAGCCUGGACACUAAAAGCGUUCGCUGUGUUAGCGUCCACCCUCUACAAAACCAGUACUUUGCAGCGGCAGAGAGCAAGGUUGUGAGUAUUUAUGACAGUCGCUAUCUGAAGAAGACCAAGAGCCAGGCGGUCUCCCAGCUGCAUGGCCACUCUUUAAGCAUUUCCAGUGCAUAUUUCUCUCCUAGCACAGGGAACAGAGUUCUUACCUGCUGUAUGGACGACAAGAUCAGGAUAUAUGACACCUCUGCAAUGACCACCGAAGCUCCCUUGCUGACCUCCAUCAGACAUGACAUGCAGACAGGCCGCUGGCUGAGCAAGCUGUCAGCAGUGUGGGACCCUAAACAGGAGGAUUGCUUUGUGGUGGGAAGUAUGGGGAGGCCUCGGAAAGUGCUGGUGUUCCACGAAAGCGGCCAGCUCCAGCACACCUUCAGAGACGACGAAUACCUCACCACGGUGCUGUCCGUCACGGCGUUUCACCCCACGAGGAACGCCCUGCUGGGGGGCAACGCCUCCGGACGCCUGCAUGUCUUCACCGACUGAGACACAAACAUGUACGAGAUCACGUAAGCAGAACACAGGCAGUUACGUUCUGCAGUAAAAAUGAGCAAGACACUGUUGUCAAAAACAGUCGUUAAUGGGGACUGCACAGCACACACAGUUUGCCUUUGAGACAGACAUCUCACCUGCUGGAAACUGUAUGAUAGGCCUGCUAGUUGUAAAGAAAAUACUGACAUCUGACUAGUUGGGAUAGUUCUUUCUCUUGCAUGUUCUUCAUUUAUGUUUACAUUUAUGUUACGUUAUAUUUAUGUUUACAUUUAUGUUUAGGGAUGUCUAGAGAGCUCCUGAUAUAGUACUACCACAAUAAAGGAGCCACAAUACAGUAGCAUCUUUAUAACGUUGGAAAGUAUCAAAUCAGUUAUACUUUUUUGGGACCACUGUCAAGAAUAUGACCUUCUGGUUGUAAUUAAAUGACUAGAAAUGUAAGUAGAGAUACUGCACUUUUGGCAUCAGAUAGUUUAACAUGCAUUGUUAAACACAGGCAUACUGUAGUGUAGUUCAAUAAAACUUUGACAAAUCUUUAAAUAUCCUGUCUUAUCCACCUAUCCCUUCAAAUAAAAUUGUGUUUCUCUCCUAAUCUGAUAUCCCGUGGGGUUAGGGUUAAGGUUUGGUCUUUCCUAUUGGUUUAUACUUGUGAACGAUCCUUCCCUGCACAAUGCCCCGCCCAAACAUCCAACAGGAAAUGUAUCAAAUUGAGAGAGUCCAUUUCAUGGGGUCUUAGAGAAUAUCCAGUUGGUGUCAAGUGCUUAGAAAUUAUCUGAUGAAAGUUAAUUAUGCCUUUUUUUGUUGUUGUUGUCUCCUCCAUCUGAAGCCAGCAAAUAACCAAAAUAGUUGGAGGUAAAGCAGUGUUGGUGUCUGGAUGGAAAUACAUCACAGUUUGGGCUGUAAUGAGUAGCUGCUGGGAAGUUCAUUGUGUUGACUUUUUUAUGUUUCUUUUUUUAUAUGUUAAGUAUUUACUGCUGAAACAAGUAAACUACUGAAAAAAUCUUAUGUUUCUUGAACUGAAUAAAAUUUUUGUACCUCUGA